CUGCAAAUCUUUACCAUGGAUUUAAGAUAUUUUAAAAAAUCAGGAAAGAAGUUGGCUAAUAAUGCUUGAUUGAAAAAUCUAAAAAUCAAAAGGGAUAUACAACACCGAGGAAGAAAUGGACGAGACGGAAUACAUAACUCUGAUAGAGUGGCACUGUCGCCAGCACUACUACAACGGAAUGCUGGCCAGCGUGAAGCAAGCGCGCGACGUUUACCCGGACAGCGAGCGACUGAGGCUCCUGCUCUGCCUGGCGUACGUCCUGGUUGGCAAGAGCCACGAGGCCAUCAAGGAGAGCUCCAGCUUGCUGGGCCAUCCAGACUUCACGUUACCAGUGUUACUCGUGCAGAGCGUGGCCUUGGCUGACGCCGAGCGGAGCGUCGUGACUCAGAUGGAGAACAGGAUACGAGACGAGCGCAGGAAGGCCUCCUGCGUUGCGCUGUACCUCGCGGCGUCUGUGUUAAUUCUCGCUCGUCGCGCGGAAAGGGCGAAGGAGUACGCAGACCGGGCCUAUAAACUGAAACCUACGAAUAUAAAUGUGUUGCUGGCCAAGGGAUGGCUGGAGGCCAGCUUGAGGUCCGGCGCGGAGGCGGGGAGCUGCUUCGAUUCGGUCCUGAAGGAGGAGCCGAGGAACCUGAGCGCGUUACUGGGCUCCGCAAAGGUGAAGCAACACGUCGGAGAGUACUCCGACGCUAUCGCGACCUUGAACUCUCUGAUCGUGCGUUAUCCGAAGCUGCCGCUGCCGCUUAUCGAGAAGAUGAGGUGUCUGCUGGCUGCCAAGGACUGGGAGCAGGUGCUGGAGAUGGUGAACCGGGUGCUGGCGAUCGAGUCGAACAACCUCGACGCCAUCAGGACGAGCUCGGUGGUGGCGCUCUGCAGAGACGGCAAUCCGAGCGAAGGUCUACCGCAGUUGCAGCUGUUUCUGCGGAACUUGCUGCUCGCUGAGCCGAAGAACGAGUUUGUACUGAUCGAAAACCUCCGUUUGUUCUCCGGCAUCGCCUUCCAGGAUCAUGGAAUUCUGUCGGAGCUGGCGCGAAUGGCCGAGAAGAUGUUGCAAGCGACGUCGUCGAGCAACGCGGAGCUGAUGGCGGAGCUGGGCGAUAUCUAUGUUGCAUUAGGCAAUGUCAAGGACGCCGAGCGCUGGUACAAGAAUGCUAUUUGCGCGGAUCAAUCCUCCUUCGUCGCGCUCAUGGGCCUGGCUCACUGCCAACUGUUGGAAGGAUCUGCGGAGGACCUGGAGCAGGCGCGCCAGCAGGUGGAAAUUUUGAUGGAGAUACAACCACACUCGACGAAUGUGUUGCUUUUAUUCAUGUCCGCGAAGAUUGCCGCCAAUGAUAGUAGCAUUAAAGCACUCGGCUACCUUGACGCAGCAGCGAACGUCUUAUUGAAGAGUUGCGAGGGUCUCACUUAUGGCUACGAAUAUCUCAGUGAGCUUAGGCCGAAUUUAUGUCUCGAGAUUGCGAAGCAGCGAUUGAUGUAUUCGUUGAACAAAUCGUUGACGAACGACGAGGAUAGCAUAAGGGAAAAGGAACCGACCGUUCGCUUGUUGGAGCAGCUAGUGGAGGCUUGUCCGGGUUCUAGCGUAGCUCUAUUGUUGCUCAGCAAGGCUAGGAUGCAGAGAGGCGAUUACGAGGGCGCGUUGACCUUGCUGAGGAGAUUGCUGGAUACUGUGGAACCGUCUAACGCGCAAGCGCAUCUCACGAUGGCUCAGAUCUUGGCGUAUCAGGGCAAGUACCAGGUCGCCUCGCAGAGCCUAGAGGUCGGCCUGAGCUACAACUUCAAGAUUCGGGACGAGCCGGUCUAUCAUCUGAUCAUCGGCAUGGUACAGCGGCAGGCGGGCGAUUUGGAGAAUUGCGUUAAGAGCUGCCAGACGGCGAUGUCGCUGGCGAAGUUGACCGGCGGCUCGCACAGAAAGUCCGACAUGUCCGCGUCGGAUUGGGCGACCUUGUAUCUGGAACUGAUCGCGGUCUAUAGCAAGACCAAACGGUUUGCCGAGGCGUUGGCCCUCGUCGAAGAGGCGAAGGCGAACCUCGCCGGCACCGCUGAGCUGGGAAGAAUCACCAUCGGCACUGCUGACGUCUACCUGGAGAUGGGGGAGCUGGAGAACGCUGUCGCCUGCUUGCAGAAUAUCCAUCCGGGGCGGCCGUAUUACUUGCAGGCGCACACCAGGUUGGCCGAGAUUAACUUGAACUACAAGAAAGACCGGCAGGCUUUUGCCAAGUGCUUCAGAGAAUUGGUGGAGCAUUGUCCCGGACCGAGAACGUACAGCAUGUUGGGCAACGCUUACAUGUCCAUACAAGAACCUGAGAGGGCGAUAGAGGCGUACGAGCAGGCGCUCUCGCAGAAUCCGGUUGACAAGGUAGAUAUUGCGAAUAAAAUGGGCAAGGCGCUCGUCAAGGCGCAUCAGUACGCAAAGGCAAUCAGCUAUUACAAAGACAUAGUGAAACAGAACAAUUGUGGCGCUCUUAAAUUGGACUUGGCCAAGCUGUACAUGAAGAUGAAACAGUACGACAAGGCGGAAGCAACCUUGGUGCAAGAGUUGCAAGACAAGCGAAGCGACUCCGACAUGCUGAGUCUGGAGACGCGAGGACAGGAGUUGCUGCUGCUCGCGAAGGUGCGUGAAAAAUCGGGCAAUAUCAAGGGCGCGUUGCUGACUUUGAAGGAAGCCAAGGAGAAUCAGCACAGGUACAUUCAGCGUCUUGCCAUUUCGCCGGAUGUGACGGAUCAAAAGCAUGCGCUCGCGAACAUCUGCCUGACGAUGGCCGACUACGCGUCGAGCUUGCGCAGUUACGAGGAGGCCAUUGUGUACUAUAAGGAGGCGCUGACUUACAAGCACACGGACAUGAACGCUCUGCUCUCUCUGGCGAAGCUGUACAUGCAGAUGAACAAUUUGGACCGGUGCGCGCAGAACUGUUCCGUUCUGUUGAAUGCCGAUCCCAACAACGAGGCUGCGUCCGUGAUGAUGGCGGACCUCGCAUUCCGGAAAGUGGACUUUGAGACCGCGGCCUUUCACUUUCGACAGUUGCUGAUGCGCCAACCUACCUACUGGACCGCCCUGGCGAGAUUGAUAGAGGUGUCGCGCAGAACAGGCGCCAUGGACGAUCUCGACGAGUGGCUGCAACGUGCUCAGAGUGCGACGGGCGCGGGCAACGUGGAGGCUGGCUAUCACUACUGCGCCGGGUUGCUGGAUUGGCGAACGGGCAAGUUGAACUCUGCUCUACGCAACUUCAAUUUUGCGCGACGCGACCCGGAAUGGGGCCAGCAAGCAAUCUACAACAUGAUCGAGAUCUGUUUGGAUCCCGACGAUGACACCACUCUGUCCAACGAGGCGUUCAACGACGAGGACGUAGAGUAUCAGGAUUCGAGGACGAUGGCUUUGAGAACGGCCUAUCGAUUGCUUCAGGAAUUAAAUCCCAAGGGAAGUCCUCACGAGGAACUGACUCACAAGCUUCUCAGUAAUUUCUUUUUGCUGGCUACCAAGCAAAAGUCCAACAUCGAGAAGGCUCUGCAGGAUUGCACCGCGCUGGCCAGCCAGGAGACUCUGCGGGAUCAUGUAGGACCCGCGCUCGGGAUGGCUACCGCUCAUAUUUUGCUGAAGCAGACGCCACGCGCCCGCAAUCAUCUUAAGCGCGUCAGCAAGAACGUCUGGACGUUCGAGGACGCCGAAUAUUUGGAACGUUGCUGGCUGCUGUUGGCGGACAUCUACGUGCAAUCCAGCAAAUACGAUCUGGCGAACGACCUGCUCAAACGGGUGCUGCAGCACAAUGCUACCUGCGUGCGAGCUCAUGAACUGUCGGGGUACAUCGCUGAAAAGGAUCAGAAUUAUCGAGAAGCAGCGGCGAGAUAUGCUCAGGCCUGGAAAUACGGCGGCAAGACGAAGCUGUCUGUCGGUUACAAACUGGCCUACUGCUGCCUGAAGGCGAAGGCUUACGCCGAGGCUAUCGAUGCGUGCAACGAAGUGCUGAAACAGAAUUCGGAUUAUCCAAGAAUUAGAAAGGACAUUCUAGAGAAGUGUAUCAAUAAUCUUCGCACGUGAAAUUUGUACAUCGAUCGUUUAUUCGUUAUACACAUGUUAUACAUAUUGUAUACACACAAUAUCCGUCCUUCGAAUUCUGUCCGUUAAUUAAUCGAGUUCUAUAUCGGCUUAGGGAGAAUAAGUGCCUGGAUAAUUAAAAUGCACAAUUAGUACAACAGUAAUAUCUGAAACACUUGGCUGCGUUUCGUGUAAUGACAAUGAAGUCGGUUUAUUAAUCAAAUAUAGUUGGCAAAGAUAAAACGAUGAAGCUAGCUUAGUAAGUCUCUUCGAUCAAUUGACGAACCGAGAUUCACAAGUCCAGAUACAUGAUCCGCGUAGCCGAGGCUGCGCCGCACAUGGCCAGAACACUGGCCACGUACACCACCGCAGCGGUGGAACCCGUGAGGCUGACGAUCGUGCCCAGGCAACAGGACAGCAGGAAUUGCGCGAGGAACACCAUGGACGAGACGAUGGCGACGUCGGUUCCCAGACCGCGCACGAAACCGCCGGAAACCGUCGAGUCGUUCGUGAGGGCGAAGGUCGAGGACGUGUGGUAAUGCGCAACCAGUAGAUACGGCAUGGUGAACAACGUGGAGUACAUGACGCCGGCGGUCCACGAGAAGACGAUGACACCGACCUGGUGCUUCGUCAGAGCCAUCAGCAACAUACCGACGCUGUAGAAGAGCAGCCCGUAGACGUAAACCUAAAUAAAUUUUCAUAGAAUGUAGAGCUAA